AUGAAGAAGAAGCUCUGAACUCUAUUAUGAAGGACUUGGCAGCGUUGGGCAAAUGUGGGGGGCUGCUGGACAACAACAGGAAUAAAAACAGUGUCCACUGCAGCAAACAGCGGAAUGUCAGGAUCAAGUUUGAAUAUGAAGGAGAGAAAAGGAUUAUCCAGUUUCCAAGACCAGUCAAAUUCAAAGAAGUGGUGCAGAAGGUCACGGAUGCUUUUGGACAGACGAUGGACUUAGUCUGUGUGAACAAUGAGCUCCUGAUCCCGCUGAAAUCCCAGGAAGAUUUGGACAAAGCGAUGGAACAGUUGGAACUGAGCCCUUCCCUGAAGAGCCUGCGAAUCCUUCUGAGCGCUCCAAAGAAAGCGAAUCUCCUCCAACCAAACAACAGUAAACAGCACGAAAUGAGGAUCUCCAGAUCCAUGGGUGAUAUCAUGGGAUCCCUCUACAAGGACUCUGAGAGGACGCGGAAGCAUUCAACAGGCUCUCUGCACACCGGCCGGAGCUCUCCGCCCCCGGGGAGCGUUCCUGAAGAGCAGCAGCAGAUCGCUCGCCAGGGAUCCUAUACUAGCAUCAACAGCGAGGGCGAGUUCAUCCCUGAGACCAUGGAUCAGAACAUGCUUGAAGCUUUCAUCAGCCCUGAUGAGUCACUGUCUGGGAGCUGCCAGUCACUGGACAGAUCUGUGGACAGCCCUCCCUUUACCCAAACCCCUGUUCCUGGAAGGAAGAGCCAUCCCAAAGACAGUCUUGAUUGCAUGGAUUUCGACAUCCCGUUGUUCUGCGAGAGGUUUGGGAAAGGUGGGACCUUCCCAAGGCAGUACCACCUCUCCCAAAGUCGCAAGGACUACAGUGACGGCCGGAGGACUUUCCCCAGGAGUUACUUCCCACAGGAGAACCUGUUCCAGCUUGUCCCUUCUAGCCGAACCAAGAGCUUUAACGGGGACAGCAAGCUCAGCACCUUGCAGUACGACGAGUACAGGCCCAAAUGGUGGAACAAUUGUGAAAAAAGUCUGCAGGUCUUCAGCACCUCCCCUACGAAAGCUCGGAACUCCCUGCAGGCACCUGUGAACUGGAGGCUGGGGAAGCUGCUCGGAAGAGGAGCUUUUGGGGAAGUUUAUCUCUGCUACGAUGCUGACACUGGCCGGGAGCUGUCGGUGAAGCAGGUGCCUUUCGACCCUGACAGUCAAGAGACGAGUAAAGAGGUGAAUGCCUUAGAAUGUGAGAUUCAGCUGUUGAAGACUCUCCGUCAUGACAGGAUAGUGCAGUACUAUGGGUGCUUGCGGGAUCCUGAGGAGAAGAAACUCUCUAUCUUUGUUGAAUACAUGCCAGGGGUAA